AUGCCCCUCGAGGUCUUGUUUUUUGGCGCUGGCGCCAUUGGGGCAUUCUAUGCAUCCCGAGUGGCUCGAAUCGCCAACACCAAUGUCUCAGUCGUCUGUCGCUCGAACUACUCGGCUGUCAAGGCCAAUGGCUUCAAGAUUACGUCCCCUCAGUACGGAGACUACACGUGGACGCCGACUCGGACAUUUAACUCUCCUGAAUCAGCCCGUAGAAGCGGCGUCAACUGGGACUUUGUCGUGGUCAGCACCAAAGCAUUGCCCAAUGUGUCGGACGACUCGAAACUCCUUGAAGGCCUGGUCAGUGCCAAUACGGCGAUUGUGUUGAUCCAGAACGGUCUGGGUGUGGAGCAGCCCUACGUGGAACGCUUCCCUCAAUCCACUAUCCUCAGCGCCGUGACGAUUGCUUCUUGCGCACAGCCUUCCAACGGCCACAUCAAACACAAUCGCUGGACGCGGAUAAACGUGGGCCCGUACUUUUCCGUGUCGAAUCCCUCCGCCGCUGUGACGACAAAAGCGACGGCCCAGAACCAAACUUUUGUCGACCUGCUCCUUAAGGGAGGCAUCAAGGAUGCUAUUGCCGACACGCACGAGAAGCUCCAGCUGGUCCGGUGGCACAAAAUCGCCAUCAACGCAUCCAUGAAUCCCUCGGCGGUGCUGUCGGGCGGCUCGACCAAUGAAGCCAUGUCCAAUGACCCCGAGCUAUCGAGGCAUCUGCAGGGGGUGAUGGACGAGGUGCUCACGACCGCGCCCAAGGUCGUCGGCAAGCCGUUCCCCGCGGGGUUCGCCACCGCCGAACAGAUCCUUCGGUCGACGCGCAGGAACACGAGCGGGAGCAAACCGAGCAUGCUGCUCGACUGGGAAGCGGGCAAGCUCAUGGAGCUGGAGGUCAUACUGGGAAACCCGAUCCGGCUCGCGCGGGAGAAAGGGUACGAGAUGCCGAGGAUGCAGAGUUUAUAUGCCCUGUUGAAGAUGGCGGAGAAGAACCGAGAGAUACAGAAACAGAAUGCCAAAGGAGGCAGUAAGCUGUGA